AAACCGGAAAGACCCCGGAAGACCGGCUUGACCCUAAAUAAGAAACAUAAGCCUCUCCCUCCGGUUCAAAUCAAAGGGGAGUUGUUUUCCAGUCUUGGACCUUCUUAUUUUUUCCCCCCUUUAAGAAAAAGACAUCCCUAAGGGAUUCCUCUUCUUCCUCAAUCCAUAUUCUCUUCUUUUUCCGUAUCCUCCCUUUCUAGGGACUGAGUCGGGUCCCGUUCGGAUGGAGCCGGAAGUCGACCCCCAAGAUGAGAAACCGCACCGGAAAAGUACGCCGAGAAGACCUUCCCAAGUCACACGAGAAGACGUCGACGGUCCGGCGGGUGCUUCGUUCAAGCCGCUCUGCCCGGCCAAACCCUCGCCCAGUUUCCUGGAACUCCCUUCCACUCCCUGGAGACCCAGCCAGGGUCUGUCCUAUGCCCAGGCAAUCCGGCUCGGGAAAGGAAAGAAGCAUUUCUCGCCGGACCACCAACCCCAGGAAUGCUUUGGCCUGCUGGAGUGCAUGCACAACAACCUGCAGACCCAGACCCAAAUUGCUCAGGCGCAGCUUUCCCUCCUGGAGGACAUGCGCGAGUCCAUGAACGUCCUCCUGGCCCGGCAGGAGAAGAAGAACGCCCAGACCGGGCGCCCGGCAGAGCCUCCCCCCAAAGGUUCGGCCUCCUCUCCCGACCCCGGGAGCUAGCGAUGGCCGCCUCCGCCCCGCUCCGAAGCCACUCCGGAUCAGCCCCCGGUCCCCUCUCCCUUACACUGCCGCAAUGUACAGUCUCCCUUAUAUGAGCAUCGCCCCCAAAUAAAUGCAGUU